AUGACUGGACAUAGUCGACGGAAUCCUCGAAGCCGAAUUAAAUCGUCCUCCGCCGUUGACGGCGAUGGCGACGGCGCUGUUCGUCAAGCUCCGGAUAUUUCCAGACGCCACAGAGAUAGAAAUACAUUGCGUCCUUCGAUUCGCAUUUUCGAUGUUAAUCUCAAGGUCUUGGUAGGUUUUAGCUUCGUCGCAUUCUUCGUCAUCUUGUAUUUGAUCAGAAGCCUGAUAGUAGUUGGAGAUCAUCGCACUCCUAGGGUUAUUACGCCAUUUCCUGCUCCAAAGGUUAUCGACCUUCAUCAGUUUCAAGGUGAACAUAAAGAGAGCUUGUAUUGGGGAACUUAUCGACCUCAGCUUUAUCUUGGAAUACGAGCGAGGACUCCACUUUCAUUGCUUGCUGGCUUGAUGUGGAUAGGUGUUCAGAAUGGAAGAUAUGUCAUGAGGCAUGUGUGCCAAGGUUCCGAUGAACUAAGCACAUAUGGCUGGACACAUCAUAAUGCACGUGAUUUUGGGCAUCAAGUUCUUGUUGACCACGAUAUGACUUUGACAACAAGUUUUCUGAAAACAAAGGAGAGUGGUAGUGGCUAUGGUGGAGAUUGGGCUGUUCGCAUUGAAGUUAAUAGCAAAAAAUCUGAGGAGGCCAAGGAAUUGUUGAAAACUGGACAUCUUUUUUUCUACUUGGCAGAUGAAGAUGGAAAUGCUUUAAGUUUGAGUAGAGAUGCCAUGAACAUUCCUGAGACUUCACUCCUAGCAUCAGGUUCACGAAGAGAUAUAGGAAAUUGGCAGUUACAUUUAGAAUCUAGGGAUGAUGUGCAAGUCCAUUUUAGUGGUUUUAGGACCGGGCAUUUUCACAAUUUAUCUGAACUUGUCCAGGAUAAUCUUGGUGCACAAGCAAGAAAAUUUGGUCGACUGCAGCUCUCUGACACAUCUGAUGACUCUUCAAAUAUUUUAGUUUUCCAGAUCUCCGGAAGAAUUCCAUUUAGAACAGAUUUGGCUUUCAUCUCCGGAACUGAUUUCCCAAGUUCUAGAGAAGAGGAACGUGUGAACAGUCUUACAGGUUCAUCAUUAACUGAUCGAUUAAAGGAGAAAGAGUUAGAAUUUGAUACAAGAUUUGAGGAGUGCUUUGGUUUGGGGAACAAGUUUGAUUUAGAAUCCACAACUGUUGGUAAGGCUGCCGUUGCAAACUUAUUAGGUGGCAUUGGUUAUUUCUACGGCCAGUCAAAAAUUGCACUCCCAGAUCCCUCCCAUCCCGAAAGUCGUGAUAGUUUUCUUUAUUAUUGGCCUGCUGAGCUUUACACUGCUGUUCCAUGCCGUCCUGUAUUUCCUAGGGGAUUUUUGUGGGAUGAAGGCUUUCAUCAGCUGCUGAUCUGGCGAUGGGAUAUUCAUGUUAGCUUAGAUAUUCUUGGUCACUGGUUGGAUCUAAUGAAUAUCGAUGGAUGGAUUCCACGUGAACAAAUAUUAGGGGCCGAAGCUGUCAGUAAGGUCCCGGAAGAAUUUAUUCCUCAGUAUCCAAGCAAUGCAAACCCACCAGCACUAUUUCUAGUCUUGCGUGAAUUGGUUCAUGGCCUAAAGAAAAAUGCAUUUACAACGACAGAAAGCUCUGAGAUCUCUUCAUUCUUAGAGCGAGCUUUUGUCCGCUUAGAAGCUUGGUUCCAGUGGUUCAAUACUACACAGCCAGGGAAAGAGGCAAGCAGCUAUUACUGGCAUGGAAGAGACAGCUCUACAAUUCGUGAACUUAACCCUAAGACAUUGAUGUCUGGGUUGGAUGAUUAUCCUCGUGCUUCACACCCAACUGAUGAUGAGCGUCAUGUGGACCUCCGAUGCUGGAUGCUUCUUGCUGCAGAUUGCAUGCAUUCUAUCUCGGAGCUAAUCGUGAAAGGAAAGGAAGUUGGAAUGGUUUAUAGUUUAGCAGCAAAAACUCUGUCGGAUUUUGAGCUUCUGAAUCAGAUGCACUUCGAUGAUGCCCAUGGAACUUAUUUAGAUUUUGGAAAUCACACUGAAAAGGUUCGUUUAAGUUGGAAAGAGGUGAUGGUAGAGCAGGGAUAUACAACCCGACAACUAAUUCGGGAAGUAUCGGGAACGCCACGACUGAGAAUGGUUCCUCAUAUCGGUUACGUCAGUCUUUUUCCACUCAUGGGGAGAAUCAUUCCACCUGAAUCCUGGAUUCUUGAAAAGCAACUUGAUCUUAUUUCAAAUCGAAGCGUAUUCUGGACAAAUUAUGGACUCCGUUCCCUAUCUAAGACGAGCUCAUUAUACAUGAAGUACAAUACAGAGCAUGAUGCACCAUAUUGGAGAGGUACAAUUUGGAUGAACAUGAAUUACUUGAUUCUUUCAGCACUCAACCACUAUGCCACAGAGGAUGGUCCGUAUAGAGAAAGAGCCAAAGAUAUUCGUGACAAGUUGAGAAGCAAUUUAAUUAGAAAUGUGGUUGGCAAUUAUCACAAGACUGGAUUCGUCUGGGAACAGUAUAACCAGAAAACGGGCAAGGGAAAAGGCGCACACCCAUUUACUGGUUGGACAUCUCUGGUGCUCUUAAUCAUGGCAGAAGCUUAUACAGAAAGUUAAAGAUAAAGAGGAGCUCUUCAGAUAGGUUCAUAUAUAUUCUUGUUUAACCCCUCUUCCUUUCACUCAAACAUAAUUUACGUACACACGGCUUGGAGCACAUUAACACAACUGGUUGCAGGUAAUAUUUUUGAUAAAUGGUAUAGAAGAUAGCGCUUGCAAUGGACUAUAAUGGAAAUAUCUCGGUACGUCAGUAGC